GAUUCGGGGGGCCAUGAGUUGGAUUCCGUUCAAGAUUGGGCAGCCUAAGAAACAGAUUGUACCCAAGACAGUCGAGAGAGAUUUUGAACGGGAGUAUGGAAAGCUUCAACAGCUGGAAGAUCAGACUAAGAAGCUUCAGAAGGACAUGAAGAAAAGUACAGAUGCAGAUCUAGCCAUGUCGAAAUCCGCUGUAAAAAUCUCUUGUGACUUACUGUCCAACCCACUUUGUGAGCAAGACCCUACAUUUCUGGAGAUGGUGACAGCUUUGGACACUGCAAUGAAGAGAAUGGAUUCUUUCAACCAAGAGAAGGUCAACCAGAUUCAAAAGACAGUCAUAGAUCCCCUGAAAAAGUUCAGUGGUGUCUUCCCCAGCCUGAACAUGGCAGUGAAGCGGCGUGAACAAGCUCUGCAGGAUUACAAGCGACUGCAGUCCAAGGUGGAGAAGUAUGAAGAGAAGGAGAAGACGGGACCCAUCCUGGCCAAGCUACAUCAGGCUCGGGAAGAACUGAGGCCAGUGAAAGAGGAUUUUGAGGCCAAGAACAAGCAGCUUUUGGAAGAGAUGCCCAAAUUUUACAGCAGUCGGAUUGACUACUUUAAGCCAAGCUUUGAGUCUUUGAUUCGGGCUCAGGUUGUGUAUUACACUGAAAUGUACAAAAUCUUCGGAGACUUAACAGAACAGAUUGAUGAGCCUGGCCUGACUGACGACGAGCGGGAGAAGGAGAACGAAGUCAAGUUGAAUGAGCUGAGGGCCCUCUCAAUUGUGGCUGAUGAUUGACC